AUGUUGGCAAAGGAUGAUGGCACGAUUUUAACAAUGCAACCUGACCUGGAGCAGGAGGUCCUGGAUUUCUAUAAAAAUCUAAUGGGCACCGCGAAUAACACCCUUAACCGUAUUGAUGUACAAGUAAUGAGGUCCGGCAAGCAAGUAAGCAUGGAGAAGAGAUUAAUGCUAGUCAACAAAGUGACAGUACAAGAGGUUGAGGACGCUCUCAAGGGGAUCGGUGACACCAAGUCUCCUGGGAUUGAUGGCUAUGGGGCCUAUUUUUUCAAGGCGUGUUGGGGUAUAAUAAAAUAUGAUGUGCUGGCUGCUAUUUAUGAAUUUUUUGAUGAAGGGAUGAUGUACCGGAAUUUUAACCGAACUACUGUGACCUUAAUCCCAAAACAUAAUGGUGCGAGUGGGGUGAAAGACAUUCAUAACCAUAUCAUGUUGGCGUAUGAGCUUGUUAAUGGUUACAAUAGGAAACAUGGUACCCCGAGAUGUAUGAUGCAACUAGACCUUCAAAAAGCGUAUGAUAUGGUCGACUGGAGGGCUCUUGAAGAUAUUAUGCUGGAGAUUGGUUUGCCAAAUAUUUUUGUGGAUUCGAUUAUGCUAACGGUUAAAACGGUAUCGUAUGAAUUUAAUAUUAACGGCAAUAUGACGGCAUCCAUGCAGGCUUGUAGAGGGAUCAGACAGGGGGAUCCUAUCUCCCCCCUUCUAUUUGUAAUCAUGAUGGAAUAUUUAAACAGGUUAUUGUUGAAGAUGCAGCUACAUCCAGAUUUCACCCACCAUCCAAAAUGCAAGAAAAUGGCGCUGACUCACUUAACAUUCGCGAAUGACGUGCUGAUGUUUUGUAGAGGGAACCGUAACUCAGUGGAAAAGAUGAUAGGUGUGAUUAAUAAAUUCUCCAAUGAUACAGGGCUGAUUAUUAACCCCAGCAAAUGUAAAGUUUUCUUUGGAAGUAUAGAUCAAGACACGAAGAAUCAUAUCCGUAACAUUACGGGGUUUGGUAUGGGUGAGUUUCCGGUGAAGUAUCUCGAUGUUCCUCUUACUAGUAAAAAACUUACUAUUAAUCAUUAUAUGCCGCUAAUUGAGAAAAUAGUUAGCAGGAUUAAUCAUUGGACUUCUAGACUACUCAGCUAUGCCGGUCGGAUACAAUUGGUGAAAAGUGUAAUAGUGGCUACUACUCAGUAUUGGAUGGCUUGUUUCCCUAUUCCAAAAUGUGUGCUUAAAAAGAUAGAAAGCAUAUGUAGAUCAUUUGUCUGGUAUGGUACGGGUGAUAUUAAAACAAAGAGCCCAGUUGCGUGGAAAACGGUAUCCAAACCCAUUAACCGAGGGGGCCUUGAUGUUGUAAAUCUUGCUGAUUGGAAUGAAGUCUGUAUGAUGAAAUGUCUUUGGAAUUUAUGUUGUAAAGCAGAUAACUUGUGGGUACAAUGGGUGCAUAUAUAUUUUAUAAAGGAUAAUGAUCCUCUCCUUGUUGUUACUAAACCCCAUUGGUCUUGGCUGAUUAGAAACAUUUUGGAAAGUCGCAAUACCGCUAAUCUAUUCCGCGCCGAAUGGGAAAAGCUGGUUCAUGAGAGAAGAUUCUUGAUGAAACAAGUUUACAUGUUGAUUUCUGAUAAGACAGAUGCGGUCCCGUGGAGCUGCCUCAUUCAGCGGAACCGUGCUAGACCAAGGGCAGUGAUGCACCUUUGGUUAAUGUGUCAUUGUCGCCUACCUACAAAAGCUAGAUUGUCGAGUUUCGGUUUCAUCCAAGAAACACGGUGCAACCUUUGUGGAAAUAGUGAUGAAACUCAGGACCAUUUGUUCUUUAAUUGUGAGUUUUCAAUACAGGUUUGGGCGCAGGUGUAUGAGUGGUUGCAUAUUACUCAUAUCCCUGUAUCGUGGGACGAUGAGAUUCGCUGGUUGAUUCAGAGUACCAACAGGAAAGGUUGGAAAGCAAUGCUCCUCAAAUUAGCUUAUACAGAGACACUGUAUGGGAUUUGGGCUUACAGGAACGAAGUCAUUUUUAAUCAAAAUGUGCAUAGAAAAACAGUUGAUACUAUCAAAGAUAAUAUAGUUUACAGGGGUUGGUAUACGAAUAAGCUUAAAAAGCAUAUAGCUACGAUUCUUAUGUAG